AUGGAGUUCACGGCGCUUGUGCUGCUCGUGGUCGCUCCCUAUUUCAGCGCGCUGGCUUCCCCGCGGGAUGGCUGUGGGCAGCGGUUCCUGGUCGCCCCCCCUGGUACGUCUCGUAUAGUGGGGGGCCGGGAGGCCCCUGAGGGGGCUUGGCCCUGGCAGGUCAGCAUCCAGAUCCAGUCAAGGCACCAUUGCGGCGGGACAAUUGUCAGCAGCCUCAUGGUGCUCACUGCAACACACUGCUUCCACAAAUACAUGAAGAUCAGCAGGAGCCAUUUCCGUGUGGUGGCAGGACUUAAUCUGUUAUCCGCUCCAGGAAAUCAAACCCAGAUCCGCUCCAUCCGUGAAGUCCAAAUGCACAAGGACUUCAAUACCGCCACGUCUGACAACGAUGUGACACUCGUGCUCCUCAGCUCUCCCUUCAAGUUCUCAGACCACAUCCAGCCGGUCUGCACUCCUCAUAAUGUGACUCAUGAGUUCAUCCUCAACUUCAGCCACUGUUUUAUCACCGGAUGGGGGAGCAGCUAUUACAGAGGUACGCUGAAGAACAGAUUGCAGGAAGCUCAGGUGGAGCUUAUUGACCGGAGAACGUGUAACCUGAUCACCUGGUAUGGCGGCAUCAUCACUGAAAACAUGAUCUGUGCUGGGCUGGAGAGCGGGGCAUCUGAUUCCUGUCAGGGCGACAGCGGCGGCCCCCUGCAGUGUUACAGCGAGGACGAGGACAGGUUUUAUGUGGUCGGAGUGACGAGCUUUGGGCACAUGUGCGGACUUCGUCGCAGGCCGGGGGUGUACGCCAGAACCAGCAGGUUUGCAGGUUGGCUGAACCGGAGUCAGACGGCAUCAGCGUCUGCUGCACACAGACUGAACACAAGACUGAUCUCAGCUCUGCUCUGUGCUGCUCUGAUCCAUCAGCAAUAA